AAUAUAUUAAGCAUUUAUUAUAGAAAUUUUCGAAUUUCCUGAUUUUUUCCUUGUCGUAUGUGUCACGUGCUUCCUUCGGAAUUAGGCGUAACAUGUGGUGAUAGUAAUACAAAAAGCCAAAAUGAAGCCUCUUGUAAUUUUAGUAAUUAUUAUCGUAAUAACGUUUGCUUGCUGUUGUUGCGUGAAAACUUUAGCGACUAGUGAUAAUGGUUCGUUCACGUUAAAUUAUCAAUCAUUCGGUGACCUGAUGCAAAUUGAAACGAUUAGACAUAUAAUAUAAUACAUAAAACAUGCGUGAGUCGGGUUUAUUAUUCAUGUUGGUUGUAGUAGGGUAAACUAACGAAAAGAAGGCCAUACAAUCAGUGUUAUAACGCGGAACCACCCGUCGACAGAAAGUUUGGCUUUGAUAACUUAAAAUUAUCGAAAAACGUGGUCACGGUGUUUGCUAAUUUUUAUUUUUACACUGGUUUUUAUUAACGAAAAGCAACGAUAUACACUACUUCGUAUCGACGAUGAAAUUUAAUUUUGUAUAUUCAUAUAUACAGUUUAUGAUAAAACAUGAGCUUUAAUCGAUAUUUGUGCAAUCGAAGAAAAACUAUCUCUGCACCUCCGCUUGUUACGAAAUCACGGACAGCAUGUAGCUACGUAAAAUAUAUUAUUACUCUGUGAAAUCUUGGUUAUAUAUUAAAGUGAACUGAAUCGUUUCGAAACAGUUGCCAUAUAUAGCCUGAAGCAAAACGUGAUGGUCUCAUGAUAUUCAUACGAGCAAGAAGAUAUGACGCACGUUAGUGCGAUAUGACGUGCUUCCUGAACAAGGAAACCGUAAUUGAUGGGAACGGUUAUUGAAAUUUUCCCCGAAGGCGAAAAUAUCUAAUUGGAAAAACAUUGUCAAAUUUCACCUGGAGGGAAUCCCGUACCGUACAGAAAACAUUGAAAAGACAACCGUUCCGUGUAAUGAGUACGACAGUCAUUAGAGUCGCCAAGUCAUCAACUCCAAUUCAUUUAAAAAUCAUGACUUAUGUACUACACUCAAUUAUCUUGGUCAACAGUUUUUAACUUUGUCAUGGAAUAAAUAAUUGGUCAAUCAACGGUGCGAAAGUAAAAUAAAAAAUGUUCUUAGGUAAAUACAAGUACUCUUCUUUAGCUAGGUGUCAUUUGCAAAGCCAUUAAUAAGAAUGAUAAAUAACUGAAAUUACACUAUGUAUAAUAAGUCUAGUUUACAAUCAAUCAAUUCGAAUAGAUGAAAAUUAAUGAAGAUUAUUAAAUGGACAACCUAAGAAAGUAUACAGAACCGUAUUACGCACGGCUGUAUUGUUAUAUUUAAUUUAAAUGUACAUGUGCAUAUCAAUGUAGAGUUUUAUCAAUGGCGCCAAAGCUGCUUAAAUGAUUCUUAACGAAUCUGGAAUUCGACCCAUUCUCCAGAUCAUUAUAUGACGAAUAUUGUCUGUGUACUAAUAAUAAUUACAAAUACGAUGACAUACUCACUGACGACCUCUGAUAUUUUUAUGUUUUCGCAUUUAUUUUGCUUUUAAGUACCUAGCGACUAAUUAAAGACAUUUCACCAUGUAUCCUUUCUUAUGCUUCUUUUUAUCACAAAGUAAUCACCGUUGCGUACAAACUUCAUUAAAACAUUGGUACAGGCGUUGCAAUACUGUUUUUGCUGUUGACCUCGGUGUUAUUUUUACUGGAAAUCACACAAGUUCACGGCGUAACUAAAUCUCUAACAUUAAAUCCACUUGAAAUUACAUGGCGACUGUCAUAAUUAAUUUGCACUGACGCAUCAUGUGCGCAUUGAUUUAUAUCAUCAAUUGCACGACUGCAAGGUGUGCAGAGUUUGCUGAUUGUGCAUGAAUAUGACGCGUUGUAUUAUGCAGUCAUUGUAUACUUGGUUCUUUGUAUAAAUACAAUUGAAUUUUGUACGAUCCAUAGGUUCCAUAUGAUCUGUACAAUAAUAUUAUAAUUUUCUUUUUUUUUCUCUCAUAGGAAUAGCAUAAAAAAGUUAUACAACACUGUAUCUGCGUAAUUAUUGUAAAUAGCAUUUAGAAUCUUAUGCAGUGCAAAAUGUAUCUGAAUGUUUUAUGCAGUAUUUCAUUAAUUAAAAUUAAUUAAUCGAUUCCUGCAAUUGUACUGGACAUUUUUUACACUGCAUAUUAUGUAGCUGAAAUUAUGUAUGGUUAGUAAAAUGUAUACGAGGUUAUAUAGAGUUUUAAUAGAGAAUAUAUUCAAGUGACAGAGAUAGUCACGUGUUGCAUAACGGAUGUACGACGGUUGUUCCUGCCUUAAUUAUGAAUAAAUCCGUGUACGACUUGUAAUAUCAAUUCAGUGGCUCAGAGACUGAUAAGACAACCAUAUCUCUACAGGGGCUAUGUGACAACUCUGCUGUACUACUCGUGACUAGUCUGCUAUUAGAAAAUUUGUGAAAUUUAGUAGACAGAAAAGUUUUAAAGUGGAUUCUGUUAUUUGAGAUAUGAAAUUAAUUAUUUGCGAUUAUUUGUGCUCAUUGUUAGAUAAAAUUUUAAUGACCGUUCUAAACGUACUUUUAUUUUUCAUUGUCAUAAUUUAUGAAAUUUAUUUUUUUCAAUUUAUGCGCGAUUUUGUAAAGCUAAGUUUAAACGCUUAAUAGUUAUAAUGUUCUUUAAAGUCGGUAUUGUACUCAUUAUCUCUUUAACAACCAUUUUGGCUGUACAAGAAUUGCAAAUGAUUCAUGUGGUGUAUAUGCAUCAGCCUGCAACUCCUGUGAUAAGAGUGGAUGAUUCAAUAACCAGUUCUUCGGAGAGUCCUAGCUAUAUUUUGGACACUAAUGAAACUAUGGACAUGACUAAUAAAGAGAAACUCAUCAUGUAUAAUUUGGGUAUUUAUUUACGUAAAAAGUAUGGUGAAUUCCUCGGCGAUAUUUAUAUGCCUACUAUAUCAAAAACAAUAACGUCAGAUAGCAGUUUUUCGAAAAUUUCUGCACUUCUGGUGAACGCCGCUCUCUGGCCACCAGUUGGCAUCCAACGUUGGAAGGAAGAUCUGAACUGGCAGCCGGUUUCAAUCUCUUAUGAACAAAAAUGGAAUGAUACCUUGAUGCUAGGAAGGUUAUGUCCAAACUUUAUAACGGAAAAGGACAAAGUCGAUAAAUCUAGUCGAGCCGAAUACGUUGUCCAAAAUUUGUCACAGCUUUUUAACUAUUUGCGCGAAGAGACUAAAUUUACGGUGGAAACUAUCUCGGACGUAGCUGCUCUUUACAAAAUUCUUCGGACCAAUGUCAAGCGAAGCGUUACACUUCCUGCCUGGAGCGACGAUAUAUUUCCUAAUGGCCACAUGUUGACCUUGAUGGAAGUUGAUUAUGAAUUACUUGGUAAAACUAAUUUACAACGACAACUGAACGGUGGUGUUCUCUUGAAAAAAAUCAUUUUAGACACCAUUGCUUAUAUGAGUGGAGAUAACAAUACAAAAAUUUAUCAGUACAGUGGUGAUGACAUUAAUUUAAUUGGUCUUUUGCACGCUAUGAAUAUCUGGAUCCCUUAUGUACCUCAGGAAGGCACUGCAAUUAUCUUUGAGGUCUACAAAAAUACGGAAAACAAUGUAUACGCGAUAAAGAUCAAUACUUACUCUGGAGAUAUUAAAGGGAAUGCUUCUUACUCAUUUCCACCUACUUCUGAUAUAUUGUAUGAGGUUAUACAGUUUGCACGUUUACAUCAAGAUUAUUUGUCUCUCAAUGAACAGAACCUUUGUGGUUGGGACGUCACUGGGGAUGAUGAUGAAUUUUCCAGUGACGCGAUUAAUGAAAAUAGUUCGUCGUUAUUCAAUUCCAAUUUUCAUUUUAUUAUGAUCAUCGUCGGCUUUCAUAUUGUUCAUUCUUACAAUAAACCGUAAAGAUAUUAACUUA